AUCAAACACGCAAAUGACGUAGACGUUUGUUUUGAUCAGACGAAAUGAUUUGAGAUGUUGACAUAAUAUCUACAUAUAUAUUUCUUUUUUCUGCAAGAAUGAGAGCAUGAGUGAUACGAGUGACCAUGGCUGAAUAUGAGACACCGUACCAGGCUUUAGCGACAUUUGAAGACGAUGAGACAGAUGAAGCUCCAUCACAUGAUAGGGAUUUUAUGAUUCAUGUUGUUCCAGAAAGUACUCGAUGGAACCACAUAGAAAAUUUGGAUGAUUUUUUUGCCAGAGUUUACAAUUAUCAUCAAAGAGGAGGUUUUGGUUGUAUGGUCAUAGAAGAUAUACUACAACUAAUACAGUUCCUGUUUGUUGUUUUAUUUUCUAUAUUUCUGAUUGACUGUGUGGAUUAUGAUGUCCUGUUUGCCAAUAUAAAAUACAAUGGUACACACAAGGUCACAAUUCCUGAAGCAGUUAUCCCCCUUGAUCAAUGUGUUCAGAGGUUUAGCUUUGGUAUUAUAGUGUGUAUACUUGUUGCUUUUGCAUUCUGGGUGUUCCGAACAUUGAAGGUUAUCUACAAUGUCUUCAAAUACACAGAAAUAAGAUCAUUCUACAACAAUGCUCUGAAGAUAACUGCAGUGGAAUUAGCCAACUUAACCUGGCAUGAAAUACAAAGAAGAUUAUUAGAAGUACAGAAGGAACAACAAAUGUGUAUACACAAACAAGAACUGUCUGAGCUGGAUAUUUACCACAGAAUAUUGAGAUUUAAGAACUACAUGAUAGCUAUGGUUAACAAAUCAGUGAUUCCUGUCAAAUUUAAGAUGCCAUUUGUUGGCCAAUAUGCCUUUUUAAGUACAGGAUUAAAGUAUAAUUUAGAUAUAAUUUUAUUUUGGGGACCAUGGUCUCCAUUUGAAAACAAUUGGAAACUGAAAGAAGAAUACAAACAUAAACACAGAAGAGAAUAUCUAUCUCAGUUUCUAUCACAAAGAAUAUUAUGGAUAGGAAUAGCCAACUUUAUACUUUCACCUGUAAUUUUUCUGUGGCAGAUUUUAUACUCUUUCUUCAGAUAUGCAGAAUUAAUCAAAAGACAACCUAAUGUUCUUGGGACUAGAAGAUGGUCAAAUUAUGCUAGAAUAUAUGUUAGACAUUUGAAUGAACUAGACCAUGAGUUUACUGCCAGACUGAACCGAGGUUAUGAAGCUGCCAAUAUGUACUUAGACACAUUUACAUCCCCUCUACUGAUCAUUCUUGCUAAAUAUGUAGCCUUUUUUGCUGGUAGUAUAGGAGCAGUGUUGGUUGUGUUAACUGUGAUUGAUGAAGAUGUACUGGCUGUAGAACAUAUUUUUACUGUAUUGACAAUAUCAGGUUUAAUUGUGACUGGUUGUAGAGUGCUGAUACCUGAUGAGCAUUUGAUAUACUGUCCAGAGAUUCUAAUGAGGACUAUAUUGGCACAUAUACAUUACAUGCCGGAUAGUUGGAAGGGAAACGCCCAUAGACAGAACGUCCGAGAUGAAUUCUCACUACUGUUUCAAUACAAAGUGGCAUAUCUAUUAGAAGAGUUAUUCAGUCCCUUGAUAACACCAUUUAUCUUGUGUUUCUCACUGCGACACCAAUCUCUACAGAUCGUAGACUUCUUCCGUAACUUCACAGUGGAUGUAGCUGGUGUUGGUGAUGUUUGUUCUUUUGCUCAAAUGGAUAUUAAAAAACACGGAAAUCCACAAUGGAUACCAAAUACUGAAGAUGAACCAAGUAAAGAAAACCAGUCAGAAGGUGGCAAAACUGAAUUAUCUCUAAUGCACUUUCAUAUGACAAAUCCAGAAUGGAAGCUGACAGGAAACCGUAGUAUGUUUGUACAGAAUGUUAAAACCCAAGUUCAAAAGGAAUUAGUUUCACCCAGUAUUAUGCAAGGUGAUGGAGGUUUAAUGACAUCAAGACUCCCAGGAAUGUCUUUAGGAAUGUUACCUUCUGUUAAUACUACAGGACUAGGAUUAGGGUACAACAGUUUAGCUUCCAGUAUUACUAUGCAGAGUGCCAUGUUUCCUGGUCCGAUCUCAACCCUAGCAUCAGGAGUUCAACCUCGUCUUAGAGGUGGACUGUCACAUAUUGAGGGUCCCCUUGGGGGAUCAGGAUCUGGAAUAUUUAGCAGUAUGCAGAGUUCAAGUGGUAGUAUUAGCAAUACAGCACCAAGCUCAUUUAGUUUAAGGGGAAAUUAUGAUGAAGGGACGAUUGAAAUGUUAUCACAUGACAUGAGUUACAGUGCCAUCUAUCUACAUGACAUGCAAUUUAGGAAAGCCAAGGGAAAUAAUCAGUAUGAGACUUUAGAAGACGCCCGUGCACGUUCAAUGUGGCAGAGACAAGACAGCAACCAGCCAACAGUAAGUACAAUGCCCAACAUACAGGAAAAAUCAAGUGAAGAGGAAAGUACAGACGAAGUCAAUACUGACAAACUAUUCACUUCUACUCAGGAGUAGGGCAGAAAUAGAACCAUGAAUAAUUCUUAGUUGUUCAGACUCCAUCAAUCAGUCAGAUUGUGUGGAGGUGCUAAAAGGCUAUACUGUGAAUUCUUUAUUUUCAUGGGUGUCAAAUUAGUUGAUUUAGGAAAACUGACAUGUUCGUGGAUAUUUGAUUUGUGGUUUUGCCGUAGUCUUGUACAAACCUAUAGAAAAAUUGCUUUUUGUUAAACAUUUUAUUUUGUGGUUCAUCUGUACCCAGGAAAUCCACAAUUAUUGAUAUCCAUUGAUUGAUAAUCAAUUCACAGUAGGUUUCUAGAUUACUGUGGAUUCAUUAUUAUGCUUUCAUUACUAAGUUUUGUAAAUUUUGUGGGUAUGUAUGAUCUACAAAUUUAAGUUUAUAAAAGUAUAAACUUCUGGUAGGAUUGUAUCUAAACUUGAACAAAACCAUGAUAUAAAUAUCAAUGAAAAUAUACUUCUAAAUUGGAACCCACAAAAAAUAAAGAAUCUAUAGUAUUAUGAAUGGGGAACCUUAUAUUUGGCUGAUGGCAAUUCUAAGCAGAGCUGUCAUUCAUAACCACUGACUUAGAUUUUGAGUUAACCUGUUUGUUUUACAUUUAUUUUAGCUGACAGAGUUGUGAUUUUACCAUUAUGUAUGUGACUUACCUCAUUUUAUUUUAUUGUAGUAAGAUAAGUGAUAUGUUAUGUAAUAAAGAUUUUUUUCAACACAAAGCUAUAUUGUUAAGAAAAAUUGUACAUGUCUUUGGGUAUAACAGUAAUUGUAAAUGUAGAUUAACCACAUAUGAAUACAACUUUAUUGUUCAGUAGUUUGUAUCUCAUAGGAAGCUACUUUUACAUAGGUACUAUUUCUGUACUUAAAAUCUGUAGUACUGGAAAUUUACUUGUAAUAUUUAGUACUAUUUCUUUACUUUAAAAUUAUUGUAAUAUUUAGGUACUUGUAUUUUGCAGCACUUGAUUUGUACUCAAAAUAUUGGUACAAAAAUGGUACCAACAAUGAUCACAGAAUUCCAUGUUUGAACAUCAUAAUUUCAUGAGAUUUGAAAAAGACAAAUGUUCAAAAUGCUGAAAAUGUAACUGUGCAACCAAAAAUCUGUAGUACUUAAUUUUCAAGUACAAAUCAAAUACUGUAAAAUACAGGUACUUAAAUAUUACAAUUAUUCGUAAGUAACACAAUAGUACUGAAUAUUAAAAGCAGGUUUCCAGUACUACAGAUUUGUGGUACAUAAAUAGUACAUGAGUAGUACCUAUGCAAAAGUAGCUGUGUAGGAAGCCAGUAUGCAUAACAUAAAUAAUUUUGAGCUAAUGAUCAUAGAAUAAUAGUUAAGCAUGAAAAAAACAGCUUUGUCUUGGAAUAUGUAAAACAAAAGCAUAUUUCCAACAUGUUAGUUUGUUUCUAAAAGAUCCUGGGCCAUGUAUGACAUUAGCUACUUACAAAAAUAUUUUCUAAAAUAGAUAUGACCAAAAUAUAGUGCUAUAAAAUUCAAAAAUUUUCAGCAGUGCAUGGUUUCUAUUGUAUACAACUUGAAUUAUUUGAAUUUUGAGUUUUUAAAAUCCAUGACUUUUUGAAUGUAAUCUAGAAAUUUUACAAAAGAAUUUUAUCAUGAUUCUAUAUAGAUAGUUACUUUUGUAGACAUGAGAAACUUGAUUAGUGCUUUCUAUCAUGGCAGUUCUCUGUUUAUAUGUAAAGAACAGUAACUUACAUGUAUGUAAUGAAA